AAGGGAUUUUACACAGCUACUCAGGAGAAACGAAAUGAUCUGCCCUAGAGCCGUUGCAAAAUGCUGGAUGGACACCUACUCCUGGGAUGGUUAUCAUUCACAGUUAUAGUGUACCUUUUCAGCUUGCCUGGACCGACUACGGCUUAUUUCGGGCUGACAGGUAAUGAACCCCUGUCCAUCCUGCCACUGAGCUCACAGCCGGAGGAGAGGGUGGCCAAGGCCCACUACAAGCUGUGCGACCGCCUCAAGCUGGAGAAGAAGCAGCGGCGAAUGUGCCGCCGCGACCCGGGUGUGGCAGAGACGCUGAUGGAGGCCAUCAGCCUGAGCGCCCUGGAGUGCCAGUACCAGUUCCGCUACGAGAGGUGGAACUGCACCCUCGAGGGGCGCUACCGAGCCAACAUUCUGAAGAGAGGGUUCAAGGAGACAGCCUUUCUGUUUGCCAUCUCCUCUGCUGGCUUGACCCAUGCCAUGGCCAAGGCCUGCAGUGCGGGCCGCAUGGAGCGCUGUACCUGUGACGAAGCCCCAGACCUGGAGAACCGCAAGGCCUGGCAGUGGGGCGGCUGCGGAGACAACCUCAAGUACAGCAACAAAUUUGUCAAGGACUUUCUGGGCAAGAGAUCUAACAAAGAUCUCCGUGCUCGGGUGGACAUGCACAACACUAAUGUUGGCAUGAAGGUGAUCAAAGCUGGGGUGGAGACGACCUGCAAGUGCCACGGCGUGUCAGGCUCCUGCACCGUGCAGACGUGCUGGCGGCAGCUCUCGCCGUUCCACGAGAUUGGCAAGCAGCUCAAGCAGCGCUACGAGACCUCACUCAAGGUGGGCAGCUCCACCAACGAGGCCACCGGGGAGGGCGACAUAUCCCAGAGCCGCACCCAGCAGCAGCAGCAACAGCAGCAGCAGCAGCAGCAACAGCAGCAGCAACAGCAGCAGCAACAGCAGCAGCAGCAGCAACAGCAGCAGCCUCCAGUUAUCGGUCCUCGAGACCAGAUACCCCGGACCAUGGACCUGCUGCACAUCGAAGACUCACCCAGCUUCUGCCGGGCCAGCAAGUACUCGGGCGGCACCUCGGCCCGCAAGUGCUACAAGGACAAGAACUGCGACGCCAUCUGCUGCGGCCGCGGCCACAACACUCAAAGCCGCGUGGUGACGCGGCCUUGCCAGUGUCAGGUGCGCUGGUGCUGCUACGUGGAGUGCAAGCAAUGCACGCAGAGAGAGGAGGUGUACACCUGCAAGGGUUAGAGGGGACACAGGUCUCUCUCUCUCUCAGUCUCUGUCAGUCUCUCUCAUCACCACUGUUUCACUAUGCUGAAAGGGUGAAGACGAGAGACAGAGAGAAGUGGGGGGAGGGGGAGUUUGUGUGUGUGUAUGUCUGCAUAUGUGGAGGUACAUGUGAAUGUCUGAGUGUGUUUGUGUGAAUGUGUGAGUGGUCAUGGUUUUGUGGGGGUGACUCCACUCUUGGAAUGGAGGUAUCGCCACAGCGCCCCUUUCCUGGCCUGUGCGUUUGGGGCAGACAACAGGCCAGCGCAAGACAUGAGCACUUUGGAGAGGUUUCUUUGGGUGGUCUGACAGGCCUCGGAGACCCAGUGUAGAUAUUCAUCAGACGAAAGGGCCCUCCACUCCAGCCCUGGAAGCCUGGAGUGAGAGAUGACAUGCCCUGCUCAAAAUUCACUCAAUUAAAUCCCCUCCAUGAAAUCAUUCAACAAUAACAUGACACGCAGGUCAGAGAACAUGUCAUACAUGUGAAGCCAAUGAGACGACAGUUUAUGAGGAAAAAAGUGAGAAAGGAGAUGUGUGUCUGUGUGUGUGUGUGUGUGUGUGUGUGUGUGUGUGUGUGUGUGUGUGUGUG